GAAGGAACCAUGUUCAAGAGGUUUGGUGAAGGUGUCGGCAAGGUUGUCACGGGUAUUAACGUAAUGUACAGUAAUAAGAUUGGAAGCGACAUGCUGUCAAAUGAAGUGAUGCUUGAUUUCGAUGUGCUUGAUGCGAGCAUGGAAUGCGGCAUCUUCGGUAAGAUGUAUGGCACCAGUGUUAUUGCAGUGGAGAGGAGUAGGACCAUCCUGAGGAAACUCGUCUUGGAGAGAGAAGUCGGAGACAAUCUUGUCAAUGAGGGCAGUUUGAGAGAGAGCCACAGUACGAGAUGCAUGGUCACAAGUGAUGGCAAUACCGAUGCAGAACUGUGCCUCAACCCAGGUCAGAGAUGCUCCAUAACUCACGAAGCUCCCGUUUGA